CACUCUCUCCCUCUCUCUCUCUCUCUCUCUCUCUCUCUCUCUCUCUCUCUCUCUCUCUCUCUCUUGUAUUUUCAUCCUGCCUGCGUAAAAAAGGAAAGAGCAGCAGCAGCAGCAGCAGUCAGACUGCCGGAUCUACAGCUACAUAAAGCCUUCAGACCCGGAGCUACAAAGAAACCAGAGGCAUCUAAACACCCAGGAUCUGCCCAAACUGAUUUGCAUAUCCAUUCCUCCUCCUCCCUCCUUCAUUUCCCUUUCCUUCCUUGAGAAUGGCAGGCGGACCCCCCACUGACAAAUACAGUUUUCUCUACCAGACAGACAGCAGCCACUUAAAGAGUAAGAGCAGACUGUCUUCCACCAUGAAUCCGAUCUACAGUCCCGUUCAGCCUGGGACUCAAUAUGGAAACCCCAAGAACAUGGCCUACGCAGGUUACCCAGGAGGUUAUCCCACCGCUGCCCCCGCCUACACACCCAGCCUGUACCAGACGGGCAGCCCAGGGUAUCCUCCAGUGGUGCUGGUGAAGCAGGGCUGGCCCCAGACGGUGUCGGCCCCGGGGCCCGCUGAAGGCUCCUUUGACCUGGCCAUGGACGCGGGCUCAGAGAGCAGGCAAUUCCAGGCCUCGUCUACUGCAUUCAGAUACACUGCAGGUACCCCCUACAAAGUGCCCCCAGCACAGACUAAUGGAGCCCCCCCGCCAUACUCCCCCUCUCCAAACCCUUACCCCACGGCCAUGUACCCCAUCCGAAGUGCCUACCCUCAACAGAACCUCUACGCUCAGGGAGCUUAUUACACACAGCCGGUGUACGCUGCCCAGCCGCACGUCAUCCACCACACCACGGUGGUGCAGCCCAACAGCAUCCCCUCCGCCAUCUACCCCGCCCCCGUCGCCGCCCCCCGCCCCAACGGAGUGGCCAUGGGCAUGGUGGCAGGAACCACGAUGGCCAUGUCUGCAGGCACACUGUUGACCACGCCUCAACACACUCCCAUUGGACCACACCCCGUUACCGUGCCAACGUAUCGUCCCCAAGGAACGCCUGGGUACAGCUACGUGCCACCUCACUGGUAGAGCCCGCCUACCAAUCAUAUCUGGAGUUGAACAUCGUAUGCAACUACUCAAGUCUUACAUUGGCGCUCUGUGAUCAGCAGGGGACCACGUCUGUUUGCAAGAACAAAAGGAAAAAAAAGGGUCACUUUAUGCAUUCUUACGUGUUUUUGUAAAAGCUGCUUUUUUAAGUUUUAUUUAAAAUGAGUAUUUCUUUUUCCUCUCGUGUUUUUUGUCUUAUAUCUUUUCUUUUUUCAGGCCUACGUUGUUGCAUUAGGUUUCCUUUUUUUUAAUCUUAUUUUUAAUCCACAUUUUUUUUUUUUGACUCGAUUAACUCCAGAAUGGUUCAUUUCGACCAAUCACGACUUAAAAUUAAUUUUAUUCGAUUUUUUUUUUUUGUUUGAUGUUUUGGGAUUUUUUGCGUAUUAACCCCGGUGUGUAGGAAUGUACUACGUGGCGCAAUAUCGUCAUUACCGUGCUCAUCACCACCAUGAAGUUAUGCUGCCAAAUUUUAUAACUUUUAGAUAUUAGCACAGGAUUGAUUGUUUGUCUGUUUGUUUGUUUGUUUUUGGGGUUUUUUAGGUUUCUUUUUAAAUUGACGUAAAUUGGGUUCAUUUCUGGUUCCGUCAUUCCGUACCCUUUCAGAAGGGCUGAGACACUUUUCGUUUUCUGUUUUAUUUUUAUUUUUUCUGAUUUAAUUUCAUAUUACACUGUUUUUUUUCUGUUUUAGCAUCGAUAACAAGGGUGUCUUCCAGCUUGUAGCAGUUUAUUAGGUACAUUUGUAAUAAAUAUAUCCGCUGUAGGGCCGUGAAACGUGGUUUAAACUUCAUUAGGAGAUUAAUUACAGUAAUUACAGUAAUCUCAGUUAUUCGCUUAGUAGAGGACGCUGGAGUGAGCUGGUUUCUUUAUUAGUUUGUUCAUCAGGAUAGAGUAAGCUUCUAAAUUAUGAUGUGCAUAUUAUUAUAUUUAUGAAUAUACGUGUGUGCAUAUAUGUGCUCUUGCGGAGGCAUGCAAUUGCACGUUCGCACGAACGCACACUGAAAUACACAGGAAAAUAAAUAAACACACACACAAACACACACAUAUACACACACACACACAUAUAUAUAUAUAUAUAUAUGUAUGUG